UUAAUUAACAAUUAUAACAAAAAGUGUUUAGUAAUAUGAAAGUGCAUUGGAAUGACCACUUCAGACAGUUCUACAAAACAUACGGCCCGGCAGUGACCGUAUGGGUCGGACCCAAACCAGUAGUAAUCAUCGGCGACCCGGAUGUCGCUAAACAGGCAUUUUCUCGGCCAGAAUUCAUGGGACGACUUGACAUUUUAUUGUCGCGAAUUUUCAACAAUACUGAUCACCAGGAGGUUUUAUUUAGCUCACACCUAUCCAGUUGGGAAUGUUUGCGCAAGGUCGCUCACAGGGCGGUC